UGUGCCCCAGCCGCCGGGCAGUCGCUCGUGGCUGGCGGACCAGCCCCGGCCUCCUGCCGCGCCCCGCAGAUGGCCGCCCGCGUCGGUGUACUUGUGCUGGUCUUCGUGUCCGCCGCGCUGGGCCCAGCGCUGGCUGACUGGCCGGUGUGGGAGCAGCGCAGGGAGCGGGGGCUCGCUCCCCAGAUUAGUCCAAGACGCCUCGGUCUUGCCGGCCAGCAGCCUCGUCGGCGCAGCAGCUUCGCACACCGGCAGAGUCAGCGCGACUUCUUCAGCCCUCACUGGCAGCAGAAUGACUUCAUCCCGAGUCAGCCGCCGCACGACGGCUUCAACCGGGAUCCUACCUGGCAAGGCCCUGGCCACGGCCCUGCUGAGAUCGGCUGCAGCAUCAACGGUGAGAUGUACCAGCCGGGGCAGAGCUGGUACCUGCCCGGCUGCAGGAGAGGCACGUGCGUCAAGUUUGGCUACAACUACUACGUCUCAGAGGACAGGUGCAAAACGGAGUACUAUAACAGCAACUAUGCGUGUGUCAUUUACGAAGAGAGGAACCGACGGUACCCACACUGCUGUCCUUACUACAAGUGCAAUCCCGAGCUCUGACGCCUCUGCGGAAGACACCGAAGUGUCAACACAACUCACGCUCUGCAGCUCAAGGAGCCAUGCUCAUCAUGUAGAGGGAACCCAAUGUUGUCAACUUUGUUUGAGCACUGGUCAGUGUGUACACGUUCAAUGAAGUAUUUGUGCGUGCUAUGACUUGUUUGUAAUUGAUGCCGGCUGUACUGAGAA